AUGUCUAUCUAUCUAUCAUUCUGCUCAUGUCUAUCUAUCUCUCAUUCUGCUCAUGUCUAUCUAUCUAUCAUUCUGUUCAUAACUAUCUAUCAUUCUGCUCAUGUCUAUCUAUCUAUCAUUCUGCUCAUGUCUAUCUAUCUCUCAUUCUGCUCAUGUCUAUCUAUCUAUCAUUCUGUUCAUAACUAUCUAUCUAUCAUUCUGCUCAUGUCUAUCUAUCUAUCUAUCAUUCUGUUCAUAACUAUCUAUCUAUCAUUCUGCUCAUGUCUAUCUAUCUAUCAUUCUGUUCAUAACUAUCUAUCUAUCAUUCUGCUCAUGUCUAUCUAUCUAUCUAUCUAUCAUUCUGUUCAUAACUAUCUAUCUAUCAUUCUGCUCAUGUCUAUCUAUCUAUCUAUCUAUCAUUCUGUUCAUAACUAUCUAUCUAUCAUUCUGCUCAUGUCUAUCUAUCUAUCUAUCAUUCUGUUCAUAACUAUCUAUCUAUCAUUCUGCUCAUGUCUAUCUAUCUCUCAUUCUGCUCAUGUCUAUCUAUCUAUCAUUCUGUUCAUAACUAUCUAUCUAUCAUUCUGCUCAUGUCUAUCUAUCUAUCUAUCUAUCAUUCUGUUCAUAACUAUCUAUCUUUCUGCUCAUGUCUAUCUAUCUAUCUAUCUAUCUAAGUAUCUAUCUAUCUAUCUAUCUAUCUAUCUAUCAUUCUGUUCAUAA